AAUGAUUUUCGUUUAAAACAAACAAAAAUUUUUUCGUUAUAAAUAAUUAUUUUUGUGAAAUAUUCCGUAAAACUAUUUUCUAAAACUUGUAUAUAAAGUGUAGUCUAUAAGGAAAUGGAUGCGAAACACGGCGACACCCAUGACAAUGAAAACUCGCUAUUUGUGAGCACCCAUGACAUCAAAAGCGAGAGCUCCCGGAGCCAUAGGCGGGGACUGUCCGUGUCGUUCGCCGAGAAAACCGAUGUCAUACUCGACGCCACCAAACAGGCCAUCACGGAGUCACUCAAAAACAUGGAAAACACCGGAAAGUUGGGGAGUAUUCGUGAGGAAUAUUACGGCACACCCGACGAUAUGGGUGCUGAGAGCACAGCCCUACUUAAACAGUACCGGGAGCGGCACCGUACCAAUCGUGGGGUACCGGGGCGACGUGGCUCGUACCUGGAGCAAUCGCAUGGUGGGGCCACGUGGAUCACCGGUGGCUUUCUACUAGUUAGCGCCGCACUGGGCGCCGGUAUACUCAACUACCCGGUAGCUUACGACAGACUUGGGGGUAUAGUCCAGGCUACCUUGGUCCAAUUAGGCGUACUAUGCCUACUGUCGACCACCAUGCUCAUAUUGGUCUACUGUUCAAACAUUAACCAUGAUAACUCCUACCAUGAGGUGCUCAACAGUGUGUGCGGGCCGAGGGUUAAAAACAUGGCCGCCGUGUCUAUACUGCUGUCCACUUUUGGUAUAUGUGUCACGUAUUACGUGAUUAUUGGCGACCAGUUUGAUAGGAUUUUUGCCACGUUUUUUGGCGACCAUUUUUGCGGCACCUGGUAUAUGAACAGGGCGUUUAUCAUACCGAUCAUAGCCGUGGCCAUGAUAUGGCCCAUGUGCUAUUUUAAAAACUUGGAGUUUCUCAAGCAUUUUAAUAUACUUGGUAUCGUUGCCAUGCUAUAUGUGGUAUUCCUCAGUGGCUACGAGUACUUCGCCCUCAACCCCACCCCUACACCCUCUCCCACCAAACCACCGGCGCUGUCCACCAGCGUAUUCACCGUAUUAGCGGCCGUACCGGUGGUGAGCCUGGCCUACCAGACCCACGAGCUGGUCGUCCCGGUGAACGCCGUACUCAAGGACCGUACGAUCGGAAACUUCUCGAAGUCUAUGGGACUGGCGUUGACUACACUACUGGUGCUGUACUGCCUGUGCGGCACAUUCGGGUACCUGACCUUCGGGUCGACCGUCAGCGCCGACAUCAUGCAGAUGUACGACCCGACCGACCCGGUGGUGGUCAUCGGUAUACUGGCACUGGUAGUCAAAAUGGUCACCACAUAUCCCCAGAUCGUACUGUGCGGUCGGGACACCAUCUACAGGCUACUGGUGCCCACACAGCACACCAUAAACAUACAGCAACUGGACAGCAGCUCCGGUAGUCCCGUACCGAACACCGGCGCCGCCGCCAACGAGCUAUGGUAUAGGGUAGGCAUAACCAGCGUGUGGAACCUACUGGCGCUCAUACUGUCGGUGCUCACGCCUAACAUUACGAUAGCCAUCGGGUUUUUGGGUGCCAUCGGCGCCUGUAACUCAUUCAUAUUCCCGGGCCUAUGUAUGGUAUACCUGUCCCGUCGGCAACUCCUAAAUGGUUGCGCCGCUAAUAAGUGGCGAAUGUUUGCGCUGUUAGUUUACGGACUGUUUAUAACGACUUUCGGGUCAUUAAUGUCGGUCUUUGUCAUCAUUAGAGCCGUCAAUGAUUUGUACACUAAUAGCGAUAGUAGUGUAGAGUUGUGUCGAUUAUAA